UGGUUGAAUGAGAUUGGGGAAGUUAGGGUAAUUAAAUGGGUGUUAAUUAAUUUCUCAAUUAGGAGAUAUAGUGACAAUGUUGUAUGGGAUGUGGUGCCUAUGCAAGCGGGUCAUAUUCUAUUGGGGAGACCCUGGCAAUUUGAUAGGAAGGUUACACAUGAUGGGAAUAGGAACCGGUAUAACUUUGUCAAGGAUGGGAGGUCCAUUACUCUUGCACCAUUAACACCGGAUCAGGUGUAUGAAGACCAAAUAAAAUUGAGAAAUGAGAAAGAAAGGCGAGCGAGAGAAUCUACAAAAAGGAGAGAAGAUAGUGAGCUUGUAAGUAGAGAGAAAAUAGCGAGGUCGUCGAGAAGGGAGAGAAGAGAGAAAGGCCUCACGGGAGGAGAGAAAAAGAGUCAGUUGAGUGGAGAGAAAAAAGGGUCAGUUGAGCAAAGAGAAAGCGAGUCAGCUGAACGGAGAGAAAAGCCAAAACUGAACUUCUUUACGAGGGAGAGUGAAUUAAAAAAGGCUUUGAAGAGACAAGUGUUGUUGUUAGUUUACAAGGAAUCUCUCAUCUCCCUUGAGGAGUCUAACACCUCCCUCCCUAGCGUGAUUAAGUCUUUGUUACAGGAUUUCAAAGAUAUGUUUCCGAAGGAAGUGCCAAGUGGAUUGCCACCAGAGACGAAGGAGCUUCAGAGACAAGUGGAAGAGUCGAUAAGCAAAGGUUACGUGAGGGAGAGCAUGAGCCCGUGUGCUGUGCCUAUUCUAUUGGUGCUAAAGAAGGAUGAGACUUGGCGAAUGUGCGUGGACUAUAGAGCUAUCAACAACAUUACA